AAUAAUAAUAAUAAUAAUAAUAAUAAUAACAGCAACAACAACAACAAUAACAUUAUCAUUAACAAUAACAUUAAUAAUAAUAUUAAUAUCAAUAUUAACAAUAAUCAAUACCAAUACCAAUACCAAUAUCAAAAUCAAAAUCAAAAUCAAAAUCAAAAUUUACAUACUAAUAGUUUAAACCAAAUGAGAUUAUUCGGUAAAUUAGCCCCAAAAGUUAAUAGAAAUUACGAUCAUCAUCUAGAUAAUCAAGUUUUUAAUCAAAAUUUACAGGAAAUCCUUAUCCCAAUUAGAAUCAAUCUUGAAUAUCAAACAAACAAAAUUAACGACUACUUUAUGUGGAAUAUCAAUGACAACUCAAUCACCCCAGAAUUCUUUGCUGAGCUAUUUUGUCAAGAUUUAGAAUUACCACAAAAUGCUUAUCAACCUCAAAUUUCUUCUUCAAUUAAAUCUCAAAUUGAUGAAUACAACCAAUUAGCUUCAAUUAAUUUGCCAAAUGAUAUCGAUAUCCAAUUCAUUAUAAAUUUAUCCGUAAAUUUGAACAAUGUUCUCUAUCAGGACAAAUUCCAAUGGGAUUUAUCUUCAAACAACAUCAAUAACAAUUUAAUAUACUAUAAUAACAGCAAAAACGAUAAUAAUGACCAAUUAACUCCAGAAUUGUUCUCAAAAAUAGUAGCCAUGGAUUUAGGCUUAAGUAAUGAAUUCAUUCCCGCUAUAACUCAUUCCUUAUACGAAAUCAUCCUAAAAUUGAAAAAGGACUCAAUCGAUGGAUAUAUUCCACAAUAUUUGCCUAAUUUAGCAGUUCAUGGGUCUAAAAAUGGAAUUAGAUUCGAUCCAGAGAAUUUGGGUGCAAAUUGGGGUCCCAAAGUUGAAUUAUUAUCACAAUGGGAAAUUGAAAAGAGAGAAAUUGAAAGAGAAAGAAAUCUACGUAGAUUGAAACGAGAUUCGAUUCGUUUUGAUAACGACAACGCAACUACUAUGACAAGAAGAAGAAAUAGAAGACGAUAUGAUGAAUUAGAAGGUACAUGGGUUAACAUUUAGUAUAUAAUCAAGUA